GGGAUCUGCUUCGGCACGGCGACCCCGGUUCUGAACGACGGCAGCUCCGAGGCGCGCAGCAGCGAUGAGGAGGUGCCGGACGCUGCGAUGCUGAACGAGUUGAUGGAGAGUGCGAGGCAACAUACCAUCGCGGAGAGCGACGCGCAUUGGAUCUUCGAGGUGGAGGCGGACGCGGACCCGGACGACGACUCCAAGGACGCGGCGGGCGGAGUGGAGAAGUUCUUCGACGUAGAGGCCGACAAGGGCGAGAGCGACGGCUCCGAGAGCGCCGAGAAAGACAGCUACGUGGACGAACAUGGCAACGUAGAGGGGCUGAUACAUGACAGCGACGGCGUUGAGAAGCGGGUUGACAGCGACGUGCUCAUGGCGGAGAAGAGCCACGCGGUUUCUGCUGGGGCGGAGGAGGCGCCGCCGCCGCCAGAGCCGCAUCCGGCAGAGCGGGUUCGGCGGCGCAUCACAGGCAAGCGGGCUCUCCAGGUUGUGCAGGAGCAGGGGCCGGCCCUGGCUCACGUCCGCGUUGCAGCGGCGGCCCCCAUGAAGCGGCCGGCGAAGAAGCGGUUUCAGUGCCACGUGCGCCCGUGCCCGACAUGCAUGUUUUCGAUGGUCGCACCAGGCGCGGCGGCGCAGACGAAGAAGAGAGAGCUCUGUGCGUUCUGCUCUCCAGAGACAAUGAGGAAGGCUUUGUCGGAGCCUCGCGGUCGCGGCAACGUCACCCGAUCCCUGCGGGCUUUCCUGCAAGCGGAUCGCCAGGAUGCGUUCGACGUGGCGCUGCAGCGGUUGCCCAGCGACGAAGAGAGGGACAAGUUCAGGAAGGCUUUGAGGCGCGAGACGCGGAACAAGGAUGCCGCUGCGCAGAGCAGCCAGGCCGACAAGCGCCAGCAGGAGAAAGUGGGGAGACUUCAGUCUCUCAUGAAUAACCGCGUCGCAGUGACUCCAGCGCCCACCGACGAGCAGCGGGCGGACUACGAGGAACACGUCAAGGACGACGAGAGGCGGUUCAAGAAUAAGUUCAAAGCUGUGCAAGAGGCGCGGGACCGGGAGGACGACUCGUGGCGCUCGGAGGCGGCUGUGAAGCUGGAGCAGUGGUGCCGGCAAGGAGCCUGGGUACAGCGCGAACAGUGCAAGCGCAUGGAGAAGCGGCAUCUACGACCCGUGGACAUAGAGGGCCG